AGUUUCUCGAUUGAGGAAAUCAAAUUAGUCUAGUCUGCUUCUUCGAGGUCCAAUCCAAUUAUGAUUGCAGUUCGACCCAAUUUAUGGUGGUUUUCGCCCGAUCUAUGGCACUAGCACAUCUCUCCCUCCUAGUUUUGGAUUUUGGUUUUUCUGGUGGCAUCGCUAGCGGAUAAGGAAAGAAGGAAGCCUUAGGAAGCGCCACCUUGAUGACCAAACGGUUCGAAUUAAAUUCCCUUUUUCAGCCACUCGAGGAAGGUCUCAGGUGAAACGAACCCCCCCUCUAUUGUGUUGCUUGUGUUGCUACGUGAACGAAUCGACGACGAAUUGAGCGUUUGUGUUGCGGUUAAAUAUGAUUUGUGGCAACUUUAUUGGAUUGUGAUUUGUUCAUUAAAAGCUGCAAGGCGUUGUUACUGAGCUCUACAGUCAGCAGCAGGAAUGGGUCAUGCUGACGGAUUCGCAAAGCUUGGGUCAGAAAAGAACUUGCUGCCUUCUUAUCCUGCCUACAGAUUAGAUGAUGGUGAAGAAGUUGAUGAUCGCUUGGAAGUACUACACACAGCUUCAUUUGAAGAACUUGCCUCAAAAAAUGUUCAGUACAACAUGAUAAUAUGGGUCUUGAUAUCUCUCCUAUUAGUGUUGGCAUGGGGAAUUGGGAUAAUUAUGCUGCUUUAUUUGCCCUAUAGAAGAUAUGUGCUUCAAAAAGAUAUUGAAUCUCGGAAACUCUAUAUUACAUCAAAAGAAAUAGUGUAUCAGGUCACUAGGCCUUCAUUUAUACCAUUCCUUGGUGAAAUCAAAAUCCAGAAGCAUGUACCUCUGUACCUUAUAAUAGACAUUAUAAUUGAGCAAGGUUGCUUGCAGUCUGUAUAUGGCUUACACACCUUUAGAGUGGAAAGUAUUGCACACAGAAAAGCAGCACCUGUUGAUGAAUUACAUGUUCAAGGAGUUAGCAACCCUUGGCUUUUGCGAAAGGUUAUAGUCACACAUGCUUCAAAGGCUACAUUAGAGUCUACUAAGAUUUGGAACCCAAGCUUUCAUAUUUCUGGAGGUGAAAGCAUGUCCCGAAUGGAAUCAUUGACACUGGGCCCUGCAGUUUUGAGGUCACCUACACCUCAUAAAAGCUGGAAGAAACUAGGUUCUCCUCACACUGCUUUCGAUGAACCUAGAGGAGCCAUGCCUGCUGAUUUGAUGCUUCACAAACUUGAAGAAGUUAACAAGUCCAUCAAGAAAAUCGAAUUUUUCUUUGAGAAAAGCCAAGGACCCAUGGGAGUGGGAAAUGCCGGAGAAGAUGGUGCGACCUCAGAAGAGAAUUUCGAAACGCCUCGAGUUCAAUUAUGAAUUUAUGAGGUAAAUAAUAGGUUUCCAUAUGCACAUCUAUGAUUACUAGUAUUAUUAUUUGAGUUGAAAAUGCAUGCACAGCCGAAUUAGGAAAAGGUUUCUGAUGUUUGAUGUUGAAGGAAAGCAUCUGUAGCUAAAAUGCUAUAAGAUGUCUCCCUAGUAGGUAAGGCCUUUGGAAAAACUAAACGUUCUAUUCAUUUAACUGUUGCAUUAUUUAGGUUUUUUUGUUAAGUAGUGUUUUUAAUAAAUUAUUAUUAUUAUUAUUAUUAAAUAAUGUUAAUUCCUUAAAUUAGUAAAAAGUCACUUUAUUUGUUUUGUAA